UGAAGAAAGCGAAAAAUGGUGAAAAUAUUGAACGGAAAAGGCCUGAAAUUUCCUCCACAAACUCUAUCCUCAAUAUAUUCAAAAAAGAAACCGAUAAAUAUCUUAAUAGCAAUAAAAGCCAAGAAAUACUCAAUUAUGCUACUCCCGACGGAGAUGAAAGCAACAUUAUUAGAAGGUCUUUGAAAACAAUUAAUGAAAAAGAUUUAGACCAACAAAAAUUAGAAAAAUUACAGGCUAAUUUCCAUAAAACUACUACUUCAGCAACCAACUCCCCGAAACCUGAUUAUGCUCCUUAUUUAAUUGGGGGAGGAGCAGUUGUCGCCAUUUUAGCAAUCUUCUGA